AUGGGAUGCUGUGACUCAAAGGAAAGAAAAGAUAAGGAUCAGAAGUUUUAUGAUGAAUCAUUUGACGAAGGAAGCACUAAAUUUGAAUAAGAUGAUUUUAAAAUCAGUUUAAUGAAAAAGAGUCUUCAAAGAAGAGAACAAGAUAAGCAGACAGUUUAAGCAAAUUUUGAAAUGAUGAAGUCAAAUACAAUUUAAAAUGGCUAAAACAAAUCAAAUAAUGCUAGUUUCCUAAAUAAUUCUAAUAAUAAUAUUGUUAAUGAUCUAAUAAACUGCUCUGAACGACAAAAUAGUAACUAAAAAUAAUAAAAAAAAGGUUAAAGUAAGGAUUAAUAAGAAGAUAUGGAAGAAAGGAAAUCUGAAACAAAUACAGAAUACUAUACUCCUCCAUUCAAUCCAAGUGAAAUACCCUUGUCUUACUAAGAAGAUUCAUUUAUGCUAGAUUUUCAAUUAAACCCUUAACCUAAAGCUUACAUGGAGUUUGAUCCUCAUAGCAGAAGAACUUUAAUAAAAUCAAAUUUUGAAGAGUAAUCUGACUCGCUGAUGAGAAGUGGCUCAGUUCCAAUUUAUUUGAAGAAUUCUAAGGCAUUUAUUAUUACAAAUAGUGGUUAAAAUUUUGACAUGAAACAGUUCUUAGAAGAAACAAAAUAAGCUUUAGAAACUUUUUAACAAACUCAAAAUAGCUUAAUUAACGAUAAUAAAAAUACUCCUUAGGAAUUAAAGGAGAGCUCAAGUAGCAUCUCUGAUAGUUUUAGCGAUAACGAAGAAAGAAAAGAAUCUUCAUCCUCUGUAAAUGAUAGUAGCUUUGAGAGUGUAAAAAAUGUUUUUGAUGCUGAGUUUGAUAGAGAAGUUAAUUAAACUAUUGGCUAGAAAAAUACAUAAUUAGAAAUUAAAUAUUUCUACUAAUUAGACGACUUAUAAAAUCUAUAGACGUUAUCUGCUCAAUAAAAGAAAUUGAAACCUGAGUAAAGAUGGGAUUAUUUAAACGUAGAAAAUGAACUAACACCUAAAGAGCAGAAUACAUUUAAGUAAUUUAAAGAGUACUUUAUUGAUUUCAUAGAUUACCCCAAAAAAUCAGAAAUAUCUGACCAUUAUUUGCUUAGAUUUUUGAAAGCUAAGAAGCUUGAUUUAAAUAUAUCAAAAAAAUUCCUAGAAAAACAUCUGAAUUGGAGAUAAACUGAAAAAAUAGACUCAAUUAUUAAUGAUUUCAAAUUAGAAGAAUGCUUAUAAAUUAAAAAAUACUACCCUCAUGGACUCCAUUUUACUGAUAAAUUGGGAAGACCUGUCUAUAUAGAGAGAUUAGGAUAAUUAAAUUUAAGUAAAUUGUUUGAAGUCACAACUUAAGAGAGAUUGGUCAAAUACUACAUUUAGUUUUAUGAAAAGAUCGUUAAGUAUGUAUUUUAACAAUGUACAUCAGCUAAGGGUUAAUAAGUUGAUAAAAUGGUAAUCAUUUUAGAUUGCAAAGAUAUUAGUUUAAGGGUAGAUUAGAUAACAACUUUCUUGAAGACAGCUGUCAGUAUUACCAAAGAAAAUUAUCCUGAAAUACUUCAUAAAAUGUACAUUAUCAACACUGGUAUGAUGGUAAAUUUGGCUUGGAAAGGUGUUUCAUUACUGCUUGGAGAAAAGACCAAAAAGAAAAUAUCUAUGUUAGGAAGCAAAUUUAUUCACGAGUUAGAAGAAGAUAUACCAAGAGAAAAUAUACCAAGAUAUUUAGGAGGAAAAUGCACUUGCAAAACAGAAAAUUGUUUCAAUGAAAAUUAUGGCCCAUGCCCAUGA